UCGAAGAGGUCAAAACUGUGCUGGUGACCACAGAUUUAACUCAUUCCAGGUUUCAGUAGCUAUGACUACAUUGGGAGUAUUUGUGGCAAGUGAUGGAUUGACUGAAGAGGAGAACUUGGAUACAGAGAAUGCUGCUGCUGCAUUUACAUCCCCUACAGAAAUUAAAGAUAACAUGAUAGAGAUGAAAAUGGCAGAGGAAGAGGAGAACACAGAACCAGAGAUUUUUUACCCCAUAACCUGUGGGGAGAGCAAAGCCAGUUUGAUCUGGAGGAAAUUUGUUUGUCCUGGGAUUAAUGUCAAAUGUGUCCAGUAUCAUGACAGUAUAAUCAGCCCGAAAGAGUUUGUACACCUGUCAGGCAAAUCAACUCUAAAAGACUGGAAGCGUGCCAUUCGAAUGAAUGGUGUCAUGCUAAGAAGGAUCAUGGAUUCAGGAGAACUAGAUUUUUACCAGCAUAGCAAAGUAUGCUCCAAUACCUGCAGAAGUACCAAAAUAGAUUUGUCUGGAGCCCGAGCAUCACUCUGCAGCCAGCCAUCAACAGAAUACAUACCCAUAACGCCAGCCACUGCAGACCUAAAUGGUACUCCUGCCACUAUCACCAUAGAAGCCUGUGAGGAAAGCAGUGACUGGACAGUGACCAUUGCAGAGGACACUUCUGCCUUCUGGCAAGGACUCAGGGAUGCAGGUCUUUUAGAGGAUGUAAUCCAGGAAACUCAACAGGAAAUCAUAGAGAUUGCAAAAGGUCUCCAGGAGCGUGUGCAGCAGCCCCCAUUACAGCUCAGUGAUGCUGUGUUUCUUAACAACGUUGUUCAAAAUUUUGGUAUGUUGGAUCUCAUUAAGAAAGUUCUUGCAAGCCACAAGUGUCAGAUGGAUCGUUCCAGAGAACAGUACACACGUGACCUAGCAGCACUGGAGAAGCAGUGUGAUGAACAUCGGAAUCGAGCCAAAGAACUGAAGCACAAAUCCCAGCAUCUGAAUAAUGUGCUUAUGACACUUACUCCACUUGUAGCCCCUGCACCAGUGAAGCGGCCACGACUCAUGCGUGCAACUUCAGGACCAGUUGCUGUAACUUCCCACACCUCUUCUCAGUCAGCACCAAUCACAUUAGGACAUGGAAUAUCACUUAGCCCAUUAGCCAGCCUGCCUUUAGGGAAAGUGAUAUCUACAAUUCCUGCUUCUGCUCUUGGGAAGAGUUCUUUGCAGCCUGCAACUAUGAAUAACAGAAGCUCUCCAGUUAUUGGGGGUUAUACAGUCCUGACAUCACCAAGUUCCAGUUUUUCAAAUGCUGUUGAAAUCCAUCCUGAUUCCUCCAACCUGACAGUUUUAAGUGCAGCUGCUAUUCAAGAUGGCAGCACUGUUGUUAAGGUUAUGAGUCCACUGCAGUUACUCACAUUGCCAGGAUUACAAACCACUAUCCAUAAUGUGUCACAGGUAACUCCUGGCAGCACUAUCGUCACAUUAGCUUCUGGUGCUGUUGAGGCAGCUGCAGCAGCUGAGGAGCACACUACUGUUGAAGUUGCAUCACUGACAGAUGAACAAGAACCAAAGUAAGCCAUAAAGAGCUAACAGGGCUAUGGAGCUGGUUGAGCUCAUUGCUGUCAGUCUGUGUGAGUAUGGUGCUCAAGUUGUAGACAUAAUCACAGGUCGUAGUUACCCCUCCUGUCCCUUCUUCUUUCAAGAGUUGAGUCCCUCAGAAGACAAAAAUCUGGCUGCUACAACCAGACUUGCUUGAACAAAAAGUAAUUUAGAGAGGCUUUAAGUGAUGCAGAUGAUGAAGCUUUUUCAAUGACUCCUUUAAAGUUUUGCUUUAUUUCCUGAACUUUUUCCAUUUAUGAUGUUUGAAAUGUAACCUGCAAAACAAAUAAAAUAUGCAAUGUAUUUAGCUUGUAGAAUGCUGAAGUUAGACAUUUUUGGUGCAUUUGAUGUCCAUUUGCAGUAGGAAUUAUUAGGAAGCCCAUCACAGUGCAGAUAAAACUGAACUUGAAUUGUACAUGAGUCUGAGUACAUAAUUUUGUUAUAUGUUGACGCUCUCUUUACUAGUUGAAAUGGAGGCAGCUUUAGCAUUCGAGUGAUCUUUAAUGUUGCAAACAAAAUACAUGAAACUGAAACAGG